AUGCCCCGACCUAUCUCGGUCUGGCUUGGAAAUCUUUUCGAGGAAUUUCAACGACGAACAUCACUGAGGAAGAUAAUGGCGCAGACAAAUGCUGUUGGCGCAGGGCGCCUAUCUCCCACAAAACUGACUGGCAGAGCCUUCUACGAAAGCAUCGGCAGCCCUAAAAUGAUCGUGGCCCCCAUGGUCGAUCGCUCAGAAUUCGCUUGGAGACUCCUCACUCGAUCAUACCUGGAUGAAGAGCGAUCAAGAUCUUUAUUGGCAUAUUCGCCUAUGUUACAUGCUCGAUUAUUCAAAGAGACGGCCAGGUUUCGAGACGAGCAUUUCCAACCCACGAGAAGCAGUCUGAUUUCAAAGGAGAAAUCUUCCUCCCCGGCUUGGCUGGAUGGCAACCCCGAGAUUGACCGACCACUCUUUGUCCAGUUCUGCGCAAACAAACCAGAUGAGCUCUUGGAAGCAGCGCAGUAUGUCGCGCCGUAUUGUGACGCCGUGGACUUGAACUUGGGGUGCCCGCAAGGUAUUGCUAGGAGUGGUCAUUACGGAGCUUUCUUGCAAGAAGACUGGGAAACGAUAUACAAACUGAUCAAUACACUACACAACGAGUUGUCUGUCCCAGUAACCGCGAAAAUGAGAAUUCUUGGGACCAAGGAGAAAACACUCGAUUAUGCGAAGAUGAUUCUAUCAGCGGGUGCGAGUAUCUUGACGGUGCAUGGGCGACGAAGAGAACAAAAAGGACAGAAUACUGGCCUUGCUGAUUGGUCAAUGAUUCGAUACUUGCGAGACAAUUUGCCUCCGGAGACGGUUCUUUUUGCCAACGGCAAUAUCUUGAACUCAGGCGAUUUCGAAGCAUGCCUGGCCGCAACAGGUGCCGACGGCAUCAUGAGCGCCGAAGGAAACCUUUCAGACCCAACCAUCUUCGCCAAGCCUCCAAGGGAUCAUGAUCCACGACUGUAUUGGUAUGGUUCCGAUGGUAAAGGAGGAUAUCGCAUAGAUGCUGUGUUCAGAAGAUACAUGGAUAUUAUCCAUAAAUACUCUCUCAACCAAUCGACACCCGAGCGUGCACCAUUGUACAUCCCUGGAGAUUCCAAAGAGACGGCGUCUCGGAUAACAGCACCACCCAGAAACGAAAACCCAGCUCCAAAUGGCAAGAAAAGAAAACGAAAUGAGCAUCCAAAGACUGACCCCAACUUGAAAGCCAUGCAAGGACAUCUAUUCCAGCUUCUCAGACCUAUGCUCUCGAUACAUACCGAUAUCCGAGACGCGUUAGCGAGAACCAAAUGCGGUGACAUCGAAGGCUUUGAGCGGGUUCUUAGAAUGGUUGAAACGGCAGUGAUGAAUGGGCUUGAUCAACAUGCCACUGCCCAGCAUUCUGAACCUCCAGUCACCAAUGAAGCACCGACACCUAUCGUAGAAAACACCAACGAUCGCGAAUCAUUACAGAAAGAGAAAACUGAGGCCAAAUACAAAAGACCUUGGUGGGUAUGUCAGCCGUAUAUUCGGCCGCUGCCAGAGGAAGCCAUCAAGCUUGGGGCGAUUCAACUGCGUAAGAAAGAAAAGGCCAAAAUGACAUCGAAAGAGGCAGCUGAGACCAAGACCGAUACAAUACAGGGGUCUGAUGGUCACAUCCGACAACAUUCCUCAAAUCCUACUCUCAACGAACCCCAGAAGGCCGCCUUGGUCUGCGGGUGA